CAGCUGGUCUUCCUUCCUUCCCUCUGGCCCAGAUGCAGAACUUCCCAGAAAUGCUGAGUCGGUUGGUCAGCAUCAACCUUUUCUACUUCAAGAGCAGCUGGCCCGACGUCCGAGCGGCUGCCCCCAUGUUUGUAGGCUUCUUGAUCCUCCACGCGGACCGAGAGCAGAGCCAGCAGCUGGAGCUGGACGAACUGAUCGCGGCUCUGACGGUGCUGCUGAAGGACCCCGUCGCAACGGUGCGGGCGAAGGCGGCGGAGACGCUGGGCCGCCUGGGCCGGGCCAUCUAAGGGCUGCCGGCCAUGGACGCCCCCGGAGGAAGUGGCAUCUGCGCCCCC